AUGGCUUACGCUGGCAAUCAAAACCCCGUGCCGAAGCUUUACAAGUCCAUUAUCGAAGAUGUUAUUGAGGGAGUGGCAGACAUUUUUGCAGAAGAAGGUGUAGACGAGCAAGUCCUCAAAGACCUAAAACACUUGUGGGAAACCAAAGUUAUGCAGUCUAAAGCGACGGAAGGCUUCUUCAGAGACCACAGUCAUGUUCCUCAGUUUGUCCUUCAGUUGCCGCAGCAUUUACAUCAGUCGCUCCAUGCCUCAACAGCUGGAAGAAAUCUAUCACAUUUUACAGGAUCUGACAUGAGCUCAACUGGAUCGAGCGGUACCUUUACCCUGCCACCUGGCAUCACGUAUCCCAUUCACUUACCAGCUGGAAUGACUGUCCAGACAGCAUCAGGACAACUUUACAAAGUGACCGUGCCAGUGAUGGUGACUCAGGCCCCCGGGGCCCCCAGGAUUCUGCAGCAGCCAGUUCAACAGUACUUCCAGCAUAUAUCUCAACCGCCCCAACCAGCCCCAAGCAGCCAGUAUGGUGGAAGUGUCCAAGUAGGGCAAAAGUGGCAGCCGCAGGCGCCUCAGGUCACCAGGCCUUACGAAGCUGUAAACGUAUGUGCGACAGAGAGCCCACUGGAUGGUAAUUUUGGGAAUGCUAAGGGAGAGUCAUUUAUUCAGGAGUCUGAUAUGCAGAACCAGCCACUUGCAAGUAAUGUGCUUAAUCAGCCAUUGAAUGGUUUAGAACAAAAUAAUUUUAAUGAUCUGCCACCACCGCUGUUUAGUCCCGGGCAGACGGAAUUAACCUUGGCUGAUAACUCUGAAUCUCUGAAUAACUUAAACAUGGCUCAGACGGUUCAAGGACAACCCGACUGCUCGAGCCUAUUGAAAUCGCCGCUUGCCGAUAGCGUGGUUGACCUGCUAUUGCUGAACGAUGACGAAGAUGAGAAUGAAAAUCUACCGCUGAACAACAACAACGAUGUCGAUAUUCUAGAUACGGUAAGUAGAAUUGAAGAGAACCGGAUCCCCCCAAAUGACAAUAUCAUUCAGAUUGAUGGAGCAGGGGACACCUCGUCUGACGAAGAGUUGACGGCAGUGAGAGAUGUAGAUGAGAAUGAGUUUCUGGGCAUUAUUGACACUGAAGAUCUGAAGGCGCUGGUCGAGGAAGAUUCUGGGUCCAACGAGUCCACCAGCAAUAGCAGUGAUGACGAGGAUCUGGAGAUAGAUGUGGUUGAGGAGGAUCCAUUAAAUUCUGGAGAUGAUGUGAGUGAACAAGAAGUUCCAGACCUCUUUGACACGGAUAACGUUAUAGUUUGCCAGUACGACAAGAUCCACAGAAGCAAAAAUAAGUGGAAGUUCUACUUGAAAGAUGGAGUCAUGUGCUUUGGAGGAAAAGAUUAUAUUUUUUCUAAAGCCAUCGGAGAGGCAGAAUGGUGACUUUGGAGGAAGCGCAAUGUUUUAUUUCAGUAAGCUCCUUUGUCUCUCUUUUGCAGAUCCUGCGCAGCCAAAAAGGCCUUAGCCCGUACAUUGCUCGCAGAUGGAUUUUGUUUGUGAUGCCUGUUGUAGCU